AUGCCAGCAGAGUUUUCAAUUGCGGAUUUUGUCCUUGCAGCUACGGCGAUCAAAGGUGGAAGCAAGCUUUCUCUGCAUUGGCGGGGUCCAAUACGUGUGGUGCGCUCCCUCAACGAUUAUACGUUUGAGGUACAGGAUAUCUGCGCUCCGUAUACAGUCACUGUUCGCCAUGCUUCGCGGCUCAAGUUUUACCGUGAGGCUGGCCGAGGCGUCACCGAGGAUCUGGUUGCGCACGCUCUUCAUGGCGAAGGGGGUCACCUCGUUGACAAGCUCCUAGAUUACAGAUUGGGGCAACAAACCCAGCAAUGGGAGGUUUUUGUGCAGUGGAUUGGACUCGAUGCAGAACAAGCAUCAUGGGAACUAGCGUCUGUCAUCUUUAAACGUUCCGCAGCUUGUUCGUAA